AUGAUUUCUCUGAUUUAUUGGUAAUAAUCAUUUAUUAAUUUUCUACUCUCUAUAGAAGCCAAUAAAGGGUAAUCUUCUUUUUUUGAAUAUUUUGUAAUUUCUAAAUCAUUGGCUUUCCUUACUAAUAUAAGCUACUUUCCAUCUAAAUUCUAAAAUUAGAUUGUANUAAGAGGUAGAAUAAAAAUAGUUAUAAAAGCUCGAAGUUUAAAUGCAUCACAUUACUACUAAUUUGUAGAAGUACCUAAAUAUCAAGUGUCUUAAGCUUCAAUAAUAAAAACAGAGAGUUAGGAGAAAUAAAGAAGAUUACUCUUUCAUCAUCGUACUAUUUUCAUAGAAAAACUCAAAUAGAGAGAUAAGAAAUAAUAAAAGUAGAAAAUAUUGAGAGAAAAGAUGUAUGAAAUCAAUGAAUCACAGUAAAGAAGAUUUAGUUGUCAUUGUAAUGAAUGUGGUAAAAGAAAUAAUAAAAUUAAUAAAUUUCAUAAUAUUUAAGUGAAAUCAGAGAAAAUAAUAAAAGAAUUCUGGUCCAGUUUAAAUUUACAAUAAUAACAAUAAUCAUUACUUACAAUAUCAACAAAAUCAUUAAAGUCUAAUACAACUUUACUCUCAUUUCCAGAUACUAGUCCUUAAAAAGUCAAAUCUAAGAUUGAGAGUCCUGUCUAAAAGAAAUUAAACUCUAAUUAUAAAUUAAUUUCUGUACCUUCAUUAAAUUUAAAACCAUAUCUUUGGGAACAAUCAUCUUAAAAAAAAGUUAGUCAUCAUUAAAUAGACUCAACUUAGUUAAUUCUUAGACCUAUUUCACUUAGAGCAUCUGCUCCUAAUUUAGAAACUUUUGAUUAUUCAUCUAAAAACAGCAGCCCAAGAAGAGGAUAAUCGAAUUCAAAUAUUAAAUAAGACAUUCAAGUAUUGACUUCAAGAAACUUCUCUAAAAGAAUGAUUUAAACUUCUCAUUUAAAAACAUUCUCUGGUAUUCAUAUUCGAAAUACCAUACUAAGUACAAAAAAAGAAAUAAAGUAUUGA